AUGUCAACUACUUCUGUACCUACACAAAAGUCUAUUACUAUUCAUUACAAACACUUGGACUCACUUGAUACCAAGAAAACUGGCCAUUCUAGCAACACAACCAUCACAGACUCGACAGAAACUAAACCAUUACAAAGAAGAAUAUCUACCGACUCUGCCAUUUCCAUAUCGUCAGUGUCUAGACGUUCGUUUUUACUGCCAUUGCAAGAAGUGUCGGAUGAAAAGCUGCUUGAACCCCUGCAAAAGGGACCAUCACAGCACUACGCUUCUGCUCAAGUCGAUUCUUGUCAUUCGAGUCGCAUGGAAGAGUCAUUGGACAGCAUCACUGCAGACAGGACGAUGCCUUGCAUUCCAUCUGCUGUAUUGACUGACACAGCUGCUCGUCAUAGACUCUGUCGCUCUUCUGCAUUGAAAAUUACUACACUGCAGCAUUCAACCUCCACGACUGUUCAUCACUGCCAUGACUUGGCUCAAGUCGUUCCUCCAAUGCUUCAAGCAGAAAUGACUGCUCAUGAAAGCUACUCUCUUGCUCGUCCUGGAUCUGGCGCUUGGGUUCCAUUGGGCGAUGAUGAUGCUUGGGGGGCUGCUAGUCCGAACAGAGAUGGUCUUCCCCAAGACUCUUCUUUCAAUCGAUCUCCAUGGUCUCGUAUGGGUCCUUGGACUCCUUCCUCUCGUUCAUGGCAGAUUCCUACUCGAGGCAUUGGUCCUGACAAUGGGUUUGGCAUGUCCCGUCGUCAAUUGAUGCGUCGUCAGUGGUCUCGCAUAUGCUGCAUCCGAGUUGGCAUCUUGGCUGGAAUCGGUCUGGUUCUAACCAUCGUCAUUGCUGUCGUUAUUGUUACUCAUCUACAUCAAACUCCUGUCGUAUUCGAUGCAUCUGCUGGUCCUCGUGGAAGUAUUCCCGGUUCUCCUCCUGGCCCACCUCUUCCUGUUCUAGGUGUUCUUGGGCUUGGCAAUCCUUCUGGUCGUCCUGCCAUUUAUUUUGGCGCUAGCAUCGACUGGGAUAAUAACGAUCCCGAAAAUUUCAACAAUGAUUUUGGUCAUGCUGCUGCCAUUCAGGAUUCCUUCUUUUACAUGACGAGCUCUGCUUUGCUUACUUCUGCAAAUGUAAACUCUUCAGGUAUCUUACACACAGUGUCUGACAGUUUUGCAUGGACUGCUGCACUGAUUCGUGGAACAGGCGCUAUCAUGGGCGUGACUGUAAUUCCUCUGGCUCCAUUGAGCAGUAUUCAAAAUGACGUGCUUGUUUCACUCGCUAGAAAAUGUAAAAGUAUCAAUUCUAUUGGAGUCCCUAUUCUUUUGCGAUAUGCUCCACAGAUGAAUGGAAACUGGUUUCCGUAUGGACAGGAUCCGAAAGCUUACCGUGAAUCUUUUGUUAAAUUGGCCAACAUGGUCCACAAUACUACAAACAAUACCGCAAUGGUAUGGUCGCCAGUAUCUGCACUUUCGUAUCCAUUUCCAGGUGGUCGCUUUUUCCCUAAUCAAACAGAGUCACGAUUUCAACAACUGGACACCAAUCAAGAUGGUGUAUUUAACGCUGAAGAUGAUCCAUUUUUACCCUACUAUCCUGGUGAUGAUGCUGUCGACUGGGUAGGAAUCUCUACAUUUUACACAUCUUCAAAUCCUGCCAGAAGCUUUUAUCCAAUUCCUGCUGGCAUGCCAUACCCAUUUCCUCCAGUAUCUCAGACUGCAAAUACCACUAGUGCGGCUCCAUCCGAUGUCAAGGCUAUAUCCUUUCCAGCUUUUAAUGAAUCAAGUGGUUUGCCAAUCCAUAUGCAGUCAAGACAUUCUACUGUUAAUGGCACACCCCUUCCUUCAACAUCUUCCAUACCAUCUCCAAAGUUAAAAUCAGAUUCCUUGACACUGCUUUCAUAUCCACUCUCGGGACCUGGACUGGCUGAUACAGCUGGAAACUCUUACUCGCCUUAUGCAUCCACCUUUCCCGCUAUCCCUACCUAUGACAAUCUUCCGCUGCCUAGUCGUAGUAUUGGUCCCAAUUCUACUAGUUUUGAAGCUCAUCUGACUUCAGGAGGAUCUCAAUACAAUUUUUACUCCAUCUACGCCAAAGGACAUCAAAAACCAUUAAUUGUUAGCGAGACUGGUGCUGCUUAUUACCCUUCUGGUCGUCAGUUGGGUCUUAAUGCGACCGAAAUGUCGAUAAAAGGUGAAUGGAGGAGACAAGUGUUUGAUUAUGAUUUGUUGCAGAAAUAUCCAUUGAUUCGAGCAAUUGUCAUGUUUAAUAAGAUUGUGCCUUUGCAAGCGACUUCUUUGUAUCUGGGAAAAUCUACAUUUUCUGAAAGUCUACAUUCAACUGCUGUAGCAGAUUUUACAUUAACUGAAAACUCUCAAGUUUUGCAGGCCUUUAACAUGGAUCUUCUACCCUUGAUUUUGGCUGCCAAUGCUCCCAUGGAUUCCAAUAGUUCUGUAACAAACGGCACUGAUAAUGGUAUUGCACAGACACCGCCUUUAUCUAUAGGAUUACAACCCCAAACUCUCAAUAUUUCAGGAUUCCUCAUUUUUGCUAAUGGGACUGCAGUGCUACUAAAUGGAUCAUGGACAGUGAGUGGGGCAAGGAUGGCUCCACAAGUUGAACCAGAUCAGUCCAAACCUAUACUACAGGACCCUACGUUUACCAACAUUACCAACACUGCAACACCAUAGUGAUAAAGUGCCUUUUUACAUUCAAUGGCAAUGCUUUCCCUGAUUAUAUGCCAUCAUCCGUUUUUAUAUUUUACAUUUUAAUUAUCAUUAUUCAUUAUUUUCUGUAUACGUGUACAUGAUAGCCUUUUAAAGUGCCUCCUGGUUUUUCAAAUAAAUGCGAUUUUCUCGUUGUCUGUUUAUUA